AUGGUGCUCCUCACAUCAUCUCAAGUCUCAGUUCUGCUGUCGUCGGCCAUCGGUAACACCCGCCCGUUCCCGCAUUCCAGCCCCGUCCCGAGGAAUGGAUACGUGAUCCAGCAGCGAACCCUCAGCCAGUUGCGGGAAGCCAUCAAGCCUGACCGAGACCCGAGGCCCUCGCCCAAGACGUCGUACGUCGUGCCUGAACACCUCAAGAACGUCCCUGGGAAUGGCCAGAACGUGCCGCUGUAUGGGGGCGGAAAGCAGGACCAGAUCGUCAUCGAGGUGAACCCCUCCGUGCCCGAGCACCAGCAACAACCAAAGAAGCUCGCCGGACAGAAGAAGGCGGGCUGGACUUCGGAUAUGUGGAAGAAGAUGAUGCCCUCCGAGAGAGAAGAGCCUGGCGUGAGCAAAGAUGACCUGGAGAAGAUGGAUGAGAGGGAGAGAAACAUCGAGGGGUGGAAGGUCAAGGACCAGAAGCACCCAGACCCAGAUGCCGCCAGCGAGAAGCCCAUCAGCCGUGCCGAAAGGAGGAGGCUGAUCAAGGAGGAGAUCAAGCGUUUGUCGCAAGGGGAGCAGCCGGUUUACUACCAACGACGAUUGUGGUGA